CCGAAUAUAUCUUGUGAUCUUAAUGUAAUGAAUGAUCUCUAUGCUUCAACACCUCGGAAGGAAGACUGACGAUGGUCUGGUUGCCAUGCCCAAAUGCUGGUGUCUAAAUCCCGUCCCGAGUCUAGACAACCAAUCAUUCUUUCUUUCUUCCAAUGUAACAUUGGCAUUGCUUUAAUAAUUAAUAUUUCCGAAGGUUAUACUAUCCCCGCUCUCGUAAAUACAAAGCCGGCAUAUCUGCAUUACCACAAAGUGAAAGUGUAUUCUAAAUUAGUCUAUUGAAUAAUACUCGGACUAAAUACUGCUUCAUGCAUUUUGCGGUUUCUCAAAACCACAACACCACAGGUACUUGGCUUGUGUGUAUGUUUCAAAAUGCUGUGUAUCGUUUAAAAUCACUAUCCCGAAGUUAAACGCUUUAUCAGUUUAAAUUCUUCUCAAUUUGCAAAAGAGAAAUGUAAAAAUGAGGUCCGUAUACGCUUUGUGUGUUUUCUCAUCGCUUGUCGCAAGCGUGGCAGGUAAUAAUAUUCCACCAAUAUUUGAUGAAAGUGAAUACUUCGUUUACAGUUUAAAAGAGAAAGCUGCAAUCAAUACACCGGUAGUGAACGUGUCUGCAACCGAUAAAGACAAUGAUACAAUGACCUACAUGCUUGGUGGUCAAGAUGGAUCGAAAUUUUGGAUUAACAACAGAACUGGGGAGGUGUUUGUAAACGCCUCGCUCACAAAGAAGGAAUUUCCACUCAGGUUAAGUUUUGAAGUUUUCGUAUAUGAUGAUGUUAACGGUCCUGGACACAAGACUUCCGCCAAUGUUUAUGUGUAUCUUGUUGAUAUCAACGAUAACACGCCACGCUUCAUCAACGAGCCGUAUGAAAAAGAAGUCCCCGAGAAUACAAAUAUUGGAGACAUCAUUUUUCAAGUCAAAGCCGUUGAUGAUGAUUCAGGGGAAUUCGCUCUCAUCUCGUACAAGAUCAUCUCAGGAAACAAAGAUAGGAAAUUUGCCAUAGCUACCUACACAGGGCAUAUUACUGUUCUGGGCACUUUAAGUUUUGAUGAAAAGACUCAAUAUAUUCUCAACAUCACUGCCACGGAUGGUGGAGGCAGACUUGACAAUGCCUCGGUAACUAUCAAGAUUCGUGACGUCGACAAUCUUCCAGCAAAGUUUGAUGCAAGAACAUAUCUUGCCUCCGUCCGUGAAGACGCAGAAAAGGGAUUUCCAGUCAUUCAAGUUUCUGCUCGUGACGGAGAUUCGCUCAAUGCAUCUGUUGAGUAUCUCAUUGAUCCAGAUUCCAACAGAAAUAAGUUAUUCACAGUGGAUAACGCGACUGGUUGGAUCAAGGUGAACGGGUCUCUUGAUAGGGAGAAGACGUCCUCGUAUCCUCUAAGGAUUGGAGCAAAGUCUACGUAUCAUUCUCCGGUGUAUAUAACCAUCACCAUCCAAGUUUUGGACGUAAACGACAACAAACCAAAGUUUGACAAGAACGUGUAUGAAGCAUUUGUACCCGAGAAUUCUCCCGUGGAACUAACUGUGCUACAAGUCACCGCCACCGACGCUGAUAUUGGAGAAAACGCUACAAUACAAUACAUUCUCAUCGGGGCAAAUGAUAAAUUUGAUAUUCGAAGCUCAGGACAGAUUGUUGUCAAAGACAACAUAGAUCGUGAAAAGAAGAACCAGUAUAUUUUUGUGGUUACAGCCCAAGAGACGUUAACACCAGAACGAUACGAAAGCAACGCAACGGUCAUCAUUAAUAUCACUGAUGUCAACGACCAUAAUCCCACUUGUUCGAAACCAAUUUACAACGUUAUCGUUGACGAAAACCAACCCAAUGGGACACAUGUGGCACAGAUCAUUGGCGUUGAUUCUGACGCUGGCAAGAAUGCGGAGAUACGAUAUUCUAUGGAUUCCGAACUUGAUUAUUUCUCGUUAGACCCAGUGAGUGGAAACAUCACAACAUUGAAAUCUCUGGAUCGAGAAACGAAAAGUUUGUUCACGUUGCAAAUAACCUUGAAAGAUCAGGCAACUAUCGAAGAGAAACGGACUGGCUCAUGUUAUGUCCAGGUCACUGUGGCGGACAAGAACGACAACAUUCCGAAAUUUAUUUCGUUGCUGAACGUCACUGCAGUCGCAGAAGAUGCCACCCCCGGGACGGUCGUUGUCACAAUCAAGGCGCUCGAUGAAGAUGUCUCCACAAAUGCUGAAGUCCGAUAUCAGAUUAUGUCUGGUAACAUCAACGAUACUUUUCAUUUGAAUGGCACAAGUGGUGUUUUAACAACAACGAAAAGUUUGGAUCGAGAGACGAUUUCUCAAUAUAACUUGGUCGUAAAUGCCACUGAUAGCGGUGGGAUGUCUCAAACAGACGUAGUUAUUAUCACGAUAGCAGACCGUAAUGACAAUCCGCCUAAAUUCCAUAACCCAGAAGGCUACAGUUUUUCUGUUGAUGAGAACAGCGCCGCGUUAUUGGUUGGCAUCGUUCAGGCCUCUGAUGAUGAUGUUGGCAAAAAUGCUGAAAUUGUUUAUUCCAUCGAUCCUUCAACUACCUCUGUCAAUUUUCUAAUCGAACCGUCGACUGGUACCAUAAAGACAGCGGUACCACUGGAUCGGGAGGCUACAGACAGAUACACCCUCACAGUUGUAGCAAAGGAUUCCGGGACGCCAAGUCUGACUACCAAUGUCACAGUGCAUAUCAACGUUUCUGAUGUCAACGACAACGUGCCACAAUUCUCUCAGGAGCAUUACUCCGCCAGUUUGGCUGAGAACGAAGGAAGCUUAGACUUUCUCAACCUUACGGUACUCUACGGCUCUCUUCGUAAAAGCCUUUCUAUCCCUCAAUCACCGCUAUAUUAUAUUUAUAAGCCUCUGUGA